ACACAUCACGGUGGUUACCAGUGCGUAUAGAAGCUGUGCUACUUGCGGCUUUUUAUUUUUUAAUUUUAAGUUAUUUUGUUUGCCUGAAAAUGAGGGAAAUCGUGCACUUGCAAGCUGGCCAGUGUGGGAACCAGAUUGGAGCAAAGUUUUGGGAGGUGAUCAGUGACGAGCACGGCAUUGACCCCACUGGCACCUACCAUGGCGACAGCGACCUUCAACUUGAAAGAAUCAACGUCUAUUACAAUGAAGCCACAGGUGGCAAGUAUGUCCCACGAGCAGUCUUGGUUGAUCUUGAACCUGGAACGAUGGACUCUGUCAGGUCUGGGCCAUUCGGGCAGGUUUUCAGGCCAGACAACUUCGUCUUCGGUCAAAGUGGUGCCGGAAACAACUGGGCCAAAGGCCACUACACUGAGGGUGCCGAGCUUGUGGACUCCGUUCUGGACGUGGUGAGGAAGGAGGCGGAGAGCUGCGACUGCUUGCAGGGCUUCCAGCUCACCCACUCCCUCGGUGGCGGCACAGGCUCCGGCAUGGGCACCCUGCUCAUCAGCAAGAUCCGCGAGGAGUACCCCGACCGCAUCAUGAACACUUUCAGCGUGGUGCCCUCGCCCAAAGUGUCCGACACGGUCGUGGAGCCCUACAACGCCACGCUAUCCGUGCAUCAGCUGGUGGAGAACACGGACGAGACCUACUGCAUCGACAACGAGGCCCUGUAUGACAUUUGCUUCCGCACCCUUAAGCUCACCACGCCCACGUACGGGGACCUGAACCACCUGGUCUCGGCCACCAUGAGCGGAGUCACCACCUGCCUCCGCUUCCCCGGCCAGCUCAACGCCGACCUCCGCAAGCUGGCCGUCAACAUGGUGCCUUUCCCCCGCCUGCACUUCUUCAUGCCCGGCUUUGCCCCCCUGACCAGCAGGGGGAGCCAGCAGUACCGCGCCCUCACCGUGCCCGAGCUGACCCAGCAGAUGUUUGACGCCAAGAACAUGAUGGCCGCCUGCGACCCGCGCCACGGACGCUACCUGACCGUGGCCGCCGUGUUCCGCGGCCGCAUGUCCAUGAAGGAGGUGGACGAGCAGAUGCUCAACGUGCAGAACAAGAACAACAGCUACUUUGUGGAAUGGAUCCCCAACAACGUCAAGACGGCAGUGUGCGACAUCCCACCCAGGGGUCUCAAGAUGGCCGCCACCUUCAUCGGCAACAGCACAGCCAUCCAGGAGCUGUUCAAGCGCAUCUCCGAGCAGUUCACCGCCAUGUUCCGGCGCAAGGCCUUCCUGCACUGGUACACUGGCGAAGGCAUGGACGAGAUGGAGUUCACAGAGGCCGAGAGCAACAUGAACGACCUGGUGUCUGAGUACCAGCAGUACCAGGACGCCACAGCUGAGGAAGAGGGCGAGUUUGAGGAGGAGGGAGAGGAAGAGCUGGCGUAGAGGCUACACAUGGUGCACACCAAACAUUCAGCAUUCACUUUUCUGUGUUGGUUUUGUCUUUCUUUUUUGUCUGCUCUAAAUGUACGUAUGUUGGACCAACUUAUUUAUAAUAAAACACAAUAAGACUCAA